AAAUAGACCAUCAUCUGACAGGCAUUUUUAAUAGCAGAGAAUACAUUAUAAAUGAAAAAGUACAAAAAAAGUUUGUUUCGAUAUUGCUUCGUUUUUCUCUCUCUAUAUUACGGUUCCUUGAAAUUGGCCCCUUUCCUGUUGGAAAGUUUAUAUUACCAUUCAUGAGGUCAUUGCUUUCCUGUAAUUUAGUAUGUGAGCCUUGUGGGAUAUGUGUGUGUGUGUAUGUGUGUGUGUGUGUGUGUGUGUGUGUAGGGGGAGUUGAUUAGUUGGUCACUUCCUUCCUUUACCUCCAUCUGGACAAAUGCAGCAGCAGCAUAAAGGAAAACCUGUUAAAUUAUUGAGAAUAGGAAAAGAAAGUGAGAUAAAGAGCAGGCUGAUGGACUCCCUGCAACUGACAACAAUUUGAACAAGCAGUUUUCACACAAGCCAUGACUUUGUCUGUACAGAGGAAAUAAAACCGACUUGGGAGGAACGUUGACCAACACCGUUACAGUCAGACAUGUGUUACUAUCUCCUCAGAACAAUCAGCUGUCUCUGCCUUCUUCAUACUGGUCUCCAUGCUGAAGAAUGCAGCCAGGGUGUUCUGGCAGAACGUGAGACAUUGUAUGUACCAGCAGGGGGCAGUCUGUCUUUGUCCUGUGUGGUCCAGCACUGUGGAGGCGCCUGGACGGGAAAAUGGAUUCGGACAAAUUCAACAAAUGAGAAGCUAAGUGUGAGGCACCAUCUGACCAAUGUGAUUCUCUCAGCCAAUAAAACUCAACUAAUUUUGAAUUUCCUGAGUGUCAAACAAUCAGACGAAGGUUCUUAUGGAUGCAGUGUAAAAUGGGGCCAAGGUGAUACUGAUCAGGGACAUUUCAAGUAUGUGAACGUCACUGCAGCUGUCCCCUUCCAGAGGAGUGUAUUACACAGGGUUUUGGUCUGUGCCGGUGCUUCUCUUUGUCUUCCCAUCAUUCUGGGAUUGGCUCACUGUCUAAGUUCAAAAGUCAAGCCUCAGCCACUUCCCAGGACGCUGUCCAUUCCUUCAGCUGUAUACAGAGACCAACCACACCCAGCUCCACAGCCUCCACUUCGAUGCCCCAUACCCCAGAAACGUAGCACUUCCUUUCACAAAGCUGUCCCCAAGUCUAUGCAGAAGAUUGAGGUGGUGUAUGCAGACAUUUCCCAGGAUGCACUGAGACAACAGGGAGCCACCAGAGAGCCUGACCAGUCCACUGUGUACUCAUCCGUCAGAUUUUCCUGACUGCUGUCGAAGCAGUGAAGGUGCUCUUUGUGCAUUCGCUGGUGCUUUGCGGUAGCCCUCCUCCACUCACGCUGGCGGGCACCCCACCUCCUACCCCGGGGCUCCUGUGACGGUGGGACCCCACCAUGGUCUCCAUGGAGUGGCUCCUGACACGCAUGGCUCUCUGGAGUAUGGAGAAGAAAUGGAGAGUGAGUGGAUAAGGGAGAGGAGGAGACCAUGGAGCACAGAGGAGAAGGGAAGAAGCAGAUGGGUAAAGGAAAAGUCAGCGACAGGGACCGUAUACGUGGAAGGACAGAGAGGGGAAUGGGUGUGAACAUAAAGAUACAGAACAAAAGUGAGUUUUUAUCAUCUUAAAUGCAGGAUUAUUUUAAUGUAUGAAUUAACAUUUAGGUUCAUAGAUGCUAUUGCACAAUGCAACCACCAGGGGAUUCAGUUCUCCAUUA